UCUUCUGUUACCUCCCUUUAAAAACUCACUAAAUGUGUACACAUCUACGAAAGGACGAAAAAGAAACUUUCAAGACUUUCAAGACUUUCUACUGUGGAGAAUGAAACGUAUUUCUUGACAGAAUUAAAUAUAAAAAAAAGAACAUAAAUCAAAGAAUGCUCUACUUCGCACUUGUUCUGGGAUUGUUAGGGAAAGUUGUUUCCGAAGACGUGGAGACAGCUCUUGCAUCUACCAGUCAACAAUGUCAAUCACAAGUUACAAGCUGUACAGUCUUAAACAGCGCAGUUAAUUUAUUUUACUAUUCUUCAAAAUAUUGUGAAGCCGUUAGAUACUCAACGCCCAGUUUCGCUUCUCUGACUUGCUUGGUCGAAGACAAUGGCUGCACUCUGACCGAGUACUUCAGACUGAGAAAUGCUGCUUGUGGCACCAAUUCAACUACUGGUCUGGAUAGGGCUGAAAAUGUUAGCAUAGCUCUUGUAUCGAGUAGUCAGCAAUGUAGAUUGCAAAUUUCAAACUGUAUAGUCAGAGAUACAGCCGUCACGAAAUUGUACAUGUCUUCCAAAUAUUGUGAAGCCAUGCAAUAUUCAACUGCCAGUUUCUCUUCUCAGACGUGUCUGGUCAUAAACAGUGGCUGUACCCAGAGCGAGUACGACAGCGUGAGGAAUGCUGCUUGUGGAACAAAUUUAACAACUAACCAUAAUGGUACCAAAGACGUGGAGACAGCCCUUGCGUCUACCAGUCAACAAUGUCAAUCACAAGUUACAAGCUGUACAGCCUUAGAUAUAACGGUCCAAAAUUUGUACACGUCUUUAAAAUAUUGUGAAGCCAUUAGAUACUCAACGCCCAGUUUCGCUUCUCUGACAUGCUUGGUCAAAGACAAUGGCUGCACUCUGAAUGAGUACUUCAGACUGAGAAAUGCUGCUUGUGGCACCAAUUCAACUACUGGUCUGGAUAGGGCUGAAAACGUUAGCAUAGCUCUUGUAUCGAGUAGUCAGCAAUGUAGAUUGCAAAUUUCAAACUGUAUAGUCAGAGAUAAAACGGUCACGAAUUUGUACAUGUCUUCCAAAUAUUGUGAAGCCAUGCAAUAUUCAACUGCCAGUUUCUCUUCUCAGACGUGUCUGGUCAUAAUUAGUGGCUGUACCCAGAGCGAGUACGACAGCGUGAGGAAUGCUGCUUGUGGAACAAAUUUAACAACUAACCAUAAUGAUACCAAAGACGUGGAGACGGCUCUUGCAUCUACCAAUCAACAAUGUCAAUCACAAGUUACAAGCUGUACAGCCUUAGAUAUAACGGUCCAAAAUAUGUACACGUCUUUAAAAUAUUGUGAAGCCAUUAGAUACUCAACGCCCAGUUUCGCUUCUCUGACAUGCUUGGUCAAAGACAAUGGCUGCACUCUGAAUGAGUACUUCAGACUGAGAAAUGCUGCUUGUGGCACCAAUUCAACUACUGGUCUGGAUAGGGCUGAAAAUGUUAGCAUAGCUCUUGUAUCGAGUAGUCAGCAAUGUAGAUUGCAAAUUUCAAACUGUAUACUCAGAGAUACAACGGUCACGAAUUUGUACAUGUCUUCCAAAUAUUGUGAAGCCAUGCAAUAUUCAACUGCCAGUUUCUCUUCUCAGACGUGUCUUGUCAUAAACAGUGGCUGUACCCAGAGCGAGUACGACAGCGUGAGGAAUGCUGCUUGUGGAACAAAUUUAACAACUAACCAUAAUGAUACCAAAGACGUGGAGACGGCUCUUGCAUCUACCAAUCAACAAUGUCAAUCACAAGUUACAAGCUGUACAGCCUUAGAUAUCGCGGUCCAAAAUUUGUACACGUCUUUAAAAUAUUGUGAAGCCGUUAGAUACUCAACGCCCAGUUUCGCUUCUCUGACAUGCUUGGUCAAAGACAAUGGCUGCACUCUGACCGAGUACUUCAGACUGAGAAAUGCUGCUUGUGGCACCAAUUCAACUACUGGUCUGGAUAGGGCUGAAAACGUUAGCAUAGCUCUUGUAUCGAGUAGUCAGCAAUGUAGAUUGCAAAUUUCAAACUGUAUAGUCAGAGAUACAGCCGUCACGAAUUUGUACAUGUCUUCCAAAUAUUGUGAAGCCAUGCAAUAUUCAACUGCCAGUUUCUCUUCUCAGACGUGUCUUGUCAUAAACAGUGGCUGUACCCAGAGCGAGUACGACAGCGUGAGGAAUGCUGCUUGUGGAACAAAUUUAACAACUAACCAUAAUGAUACCAAAGACGUGGAGACGGCUCUUGCAUCUACCAAUCAACAAUGUCAAUCACAAGUUACAAGCUGUACAGCCUUAGAUAUAACGGUCCAAAAUAUGUACACGUCUUUAAAAUAUUGUGAAGCCAUUAGAUACUCAACGCCCAGUUUCGCUUCUCUGACAUGCUUGGUCAAAGACAAUGGCUGCACUCUGAAUGAGUACUUCAGACUGAGAAAUGCUGCUUGUGGCACCAAUUCAACUACUGGUCUGGAUAGGGCUGAAAAUGUUAGCAUAGCUCUUGUAUCGAGUAGUCAGCAAUGUAGAUUGCAAAUUUCAAACUGUAUACUCAGAGAUACAACGGUCACGAAUUUGUACAUGUCUUCCAAAUAUUGUGAAGCCAUGCAAUAUUCAACUGCCAGUUUCUCUUCUCAGACGUGUCUUGUCAUAAACAGUGGCUGUACCCAGAGCGAGUACGACAGCGUGAGGAAUGCUGCUUGUGGAACAAAUUUAACAACUAACCAUAAUGAUACCAAAGACGUGGAGACGGCUCUUGCAUCUACCAAUCAACAAUGUCAAUCACAAGUUACAAGCUGUACAGCCUUAGAUAUCGCGGUCCAAAAUUUGUACACGUCUUUAAAAUAUUGUGAAGCCGUUAGAUACUCAACGCCCAGUUUCGCUUCUCUGACAUGCUUGGUCAAAGACAAUGGCUGCACUCUGACCGAGUACUUCAGACUGAGAAAUGCUGCUUGUGGCACCAAUUCAACUACUGGUCUGGAUAGGGCUGAAAACGUUAGCAUAGCUCUUGUAUCGAGUAGUCAGCAAUGUAGAUUGCAAAUUUCAAACUGUAUAGUCAGAGAUACAGCCGUCACGAAUUUGUACAUGUCUUCCAAAUAUUGUGAAGCCAUGCAAUAUUCAACUGCCAGUUUCUCUUCUCAGACGUGUCUUGUCAUAAACAGUGGCUGUACCCAGAGCGAGUACGACAGCGUGAGGAAUGCUGCUUGCGGAACAAAUUUAACAACUAACCAUAAUGAUACCAAAGACGUGGAGACGGCUCUUGCAUCUACCAAUCAACAAUGUCAAUCACAAGUUACAAGCUGUACAGCCUUAGAUAUAACGGUCCAAAAUAUGUACACGUCUUUAAAAUAUUGUGAAGCCAUUAGAUACUCAACGCCCAGUUUCGCUUCUCUGACAUGCUUGGUCAAAGACAAUGGCUGCACUCUGAAUGAGUACUUCAGACUGAGAAAUGCUGCUUGUGGCACCAAUUCAACUACUGGUCUGGAUAGGGCUGAAAAUGUUAGCAUAGCUCUUGUAUCGAGUAGUCAGCAAUGUAGAUUGCAAAUUUCAAACUGUAUACUCAGAGAUACAACGGUCACGAAUUUGUACAUGUCUUCCAAAUAUUGUGAAGCCAUGCAAUAUUCAACUGCCAGUUUCUCUUCUCAGACGUGUCUUGUCAUAAACAGUGGCUGUACCCAGAGCGAGUACGACAGCGUGAGGAAUGCUGCUUGUGGAACAAAUUUAACAACUAACCAUAAUGAUACCAAAGACGUGGAGACGGCUCUUGCAUCUACCAAUCAACAAUGUCAAUCACAAGUUACAAGCUGUACAGCCUUAGAUAUCGCGGUCCAAAAUUUGUACACGUCUUUAAAAUAUUGUGAAGCCGUUAGAUACUCAACGCCCAGUUUCGCUUCUCUGACAUGCUUGGUCAAAGACAAUGGCUGCACUCUGACCGAGUACUUCAGACUGAGAAAUGCUGCUUGUGGCACCAAUUCAACUACUGGUCUGGAUAGGGCUGAAAACGUUAGCAUAGCUCUUGUAUCGAGUAGUCAGCAAUGUAGAUUGCAAAUUUCAAACUGUAUAGUCAGAGAUACAGCCGUCACGAAUUUGUACAUGUCUUCCAAAUAUUGUGAAGCCAUGCAAUAUUCAACUGCCAGUUUCUCUUCUCAGACGUGUCUUGUCAUAAACAGUGGCUGUACCCAGAGCGAGUACGACAGCGUGAGGAAUGCUGCUUGUGGAACAAAUUUAACAACUAACCAUAAUGGUACCAAAGACGUGGAGACGGCUCUUGCAUCUACCAAUCAACAAUGUCAAUCACAAGUUACAAGCUGUACAGCCUUAGAUAUCGCGGUCCAAAAGUUGUACACGUCUUUAAAAUAUUGUGAAGCCAUUAGAUACUCAACGCCCAGUUUCGCUUCUCUGACAUGCUUGGUCAAAGACAAUGGCUGCACUCUGAAUGAGUACUUCAGACUGAGAAAUGCUGCUUGUGGCACCAAUUCAACUACUGGUCUGGAUAGGGCUGAAAACGUUAGCAUAGCUCUUGUAUCGAGUAGUCAGCAAUGUAGAUUGCAAAUUUCAAACUGUAUACUCAGAGAUACAACGGUCACGAAUUUGUACAUGUCUUCCAAAUAUUGUGAAGCCAUGCAAUAUUCAACUGCCAGUUUCUCUUCUCAGACGUGUCUUGUCAUAAACAGUGGCUGUACCCAGAGCGAGUACGACAGCGUGAGGAAUGCUGCUUGUGGAACAAAUUUAACAACUAACCAUAAUGGUACCAAAGACGUGGAGACGGCUCUUGCAUCUACCAAUCAACAAUGUCAAUCACAAGUUACAAGCUGUACAGCCUUAGAUAUCGCGGUCCAAAAGUUGUACACGUCUUUAAAAUAUUGUGAAGCCAUUAGAUACUCAACGCCCAGUUUCGUUUCUCUGACAUGCUUGGUCAAAGACAAUGGCUGCACUCUGAAUGAGUACUUCAGACUGAGAAAUGCUGCUUGUGGCACCAAUUCAACUACUGGUCUGGAUAGGGCUGAAAACGUUAGCAUAGCUCUUGUAUCGAGUAGUCAGCAAUGUAGAUUGCAAAUUUCAAACUGUAUAGUCAGAGAUACAUCGGUCAAUAAUUUGUACAUGUCUUCCAAAUAUUGUGAAGCCAUGCAAUAUUCAACUGCCAGUUUCUCUUCUCAGACGUGUCUUGUCAUAAACAGUGGCUGUACCCAGAGCGAGUACGACAGCGUGAGGAAUGCUGCUUGUGGAACAAAUUUAACAACUAACCAUAAUGAUACCAAAGACGUGGAGACAGCCCUUGCGUCUACCAGUCAACAAUGUCAAUCACAAGUUACAAGCUGUACAGCCUUAGAUAUCGCGGUCCAAAAUUUGUACACGUCUUUAAAAUAUUGUGAAGCCAUUAGAUACUCAACACCAAGUUUCGCUUUUUUGAUUUGUCUUGUCGAAAACAGAGGCUGUACUCUGACCGAGUACUUCAGAUUGAGAAACGCUGCUUGUGGCACCAAUUCAACUACUGGUCUGGAUAGGGCUGAAAACGUUAGCAUAGCUCUUGUAUCGAGUAGUCAGCAAUGUAGAUUGCAAAUUUCAAACUGUAUAGUCAGAGAUACAACGGUCACGAAUUUGUACAUGUCUUCCAAAUAUUGUGAAGCCAUGCAAUAUUUAACUGCUAGUUUCUCUUCUCAGACGUGUCUGGUCAUAAACAGUGGCUGUACCCAGAGCGAGUACGACAGCGUGAGGAAUGCUGCUUGUGGAACAAAUUUAACAACUAACCAUAAUGAUACCAAAGACGUGGAGACAGCCCUUGCGUCUACCAGUCAACAAUGUCAAUCACAAGUUACAAGCUGUAUAGCCUUAGAUAUUACGGUCCAAAAGUUGUACACGUCUUUAAAAUAUUGUGAAGCCAUUAGAUACUCAACACCAAGUUUCGCUUUUUUGAUUUGUCUUGUCGAAAACAGAGGCUGUACUCUGACCGAGUACUUCAGAUUGAGAAAUGCUGCUUGUGGAACAAGUUCUACAACAGUCGAGAAUACUGCUGGCGAAAACGUUAGCAUUGCUCUUGUAUCGAGUAGUCAGCAAUGUAGAUCACAAAUUUCAAGCUGUAUAGCCAAAGACAACACCGUAAAAAAUUUGUAUAUGUCUUCAAGAUAUUGUGAAGCCCUGCAAUUUUUAAGUAUCUCUUCAAAGACAUGUCUGGAUGCAGACAGCGGUUGUACACAGCGCGAGUACAACAUGGUAACACAAGCUGCGUGUAGAGGAAGUUCUCUUAUUUCUGGGACUUUAUCUCUUGUCAUAUCUUCCUUUGUUAUUCUCUUGAAAAAAUUGUAAUUACGCUGUCAGCAAACUUAGGUUGUUGAAAUCCAACGUAUUGCUUUAAAAUUAAUAUUUUACCUUAAUUAAAAUGCAACGCAUUUUCCUAAACUGCUACAAAUAGAAUAGUAGAAAUAAUGGUGAUAAUUAAGUUUAAAAACUUUCUUUUUACCCUUCUAACUAUUAACCGACAAUAUGUCAGUUUUUACAAAGCUUCUAUCAACUCACUCGGUCUGUCUCUCUGGUCAGUUUUUAGAAAGCUUCUAUCAAAUCACUCGGUCUGUCUCUCUGGUCAGUUUUUACAAAGCUUCUAUCAACUCACUCGGUCUGUCUCUCUGGUCAGUUUUUACAAAGCUUCUAUCAACUCAUUCGGUCUGUCUCUCUGAUCAGUUUUUACAAAGCUUCUAUCAACUCACUCGGUCUGUCUCUCUGGUCAGUUUUUACAAAGCUUCUAUCAACUCACUCGGCCUGUCUCUCUGAUCAGUUUUUACAAAGCUUCUAUCAACUCACUCGGUCUGUCUCUCUGGUCAGUUUUUACAAAGCUUCUAUCAACUCACUCGGCCUGUCUCUCUGGUCAGUUUUUACAAAGCUUCUAUCAACUCACUCGGCCUGUCUCUCUGGUCAGUUUUUACAAAGCUUCUAUCAACUCACUCGGCCUGUCUCUCUGGUCAGUUUUUACAAAGCUUCUAUCAACUCACUCGGUCUGUCUCUCUGGUCAGUUUUUACAAAGCUUCUAUCAACUCACUCGGCCUGUCUCUCUGAUCAGUUUUUACAAAGCUUCUAUCAACUCACUCGGCCUGUCUCUCUGAUCAGUUUUUACAAAGCUUCUAUCAACUCACUCGGUCUGUCUCUCUGAUCAGUUUUUACAAAGCUUCUAUCAACUCACUCGGUCUGUCUCUGGUCAGUUUUUACAAAGCUUCUAUCAACUCACUCGGUCUGUCUCUCUGAUCAGUUUUUACAAAGCUUCUAUCAACUCACUCGGUCUGUCUCUCUGGUCAGUUUUUACAAAGUUUCUAUCAACUCACUCGGUCUGUCUUUCUGGUCAGUUUUUACAAAGCUUCUAUCAACUCACUCGGUCUGUCUCUGGUCAGAUUUUACAAAGUUUCUAUCAACUCACUCGGCCUGUCUCUCUGGUCAGUUUUUACAAAGCUUCUAUCAACUCACUCGGUCUGUCUCUCUGGUCAGUUUUUACAAAGCUUCUAUCAACUCACUCGGUCUGUCUCUGGUCAGUUUUUACAAAGCUUCUAUCAACUCACUCGGUCUGUCUCUCUGGUCAGUUUUUACAAAGCUUCUAUCAACUCACUCGGUCUGUCUCUCUGGUCAGUUUUUACAAAGCUUCUAUCAACUCACUCGGUCUGUCUCUCUGGUCAGUUUUUACAAAGCUUCUAUCAACUCACUCGGUCUGUCUCUCUGGUCAGUUUUUACAAAGCUUCUAUCAACUCACUCGGUCUGUCUCUCUGGUCAGUUUUUACAAAGCUUCUAUCAACUCACUCGGUCUGUCUCUCUGGUCAGUUUUUACAAAGCUUCUAUCAACUCACUCGGUCUGUCUCUCUGGUCAGUUUUUACAAAGCUUCUAUCAACUCACUCGGUCUGUCUCUCUGGUCAGUUUUUACAAAGCUUCUAUCAACUCACUACACUUUAUUUCUAUCACAUCCAAUCUCUGAUUACAUUUUUUUGUUGUACCUAACUAAAGGAAUAUCAAUAAAAAAUUAUUUUAUUAGUCAAUUAAUUACUCGUUAUUAUUCAGGGCAGACUGGGUGUCCAUAUCGGCACGGGCAUUUCUUUCCCAUCGGGCCAAAAAAUCGUGUGCUUUAUAACGGACAUCCUUUCAUGCUUGUCCUCAAAAGCAUUGUGUAAAUAAUAAUGUAUCGAAAGUAGUUAGCUAUAGGAAUGAUAUAUUAGUUAAUUUUGAAACUAUAUAAUAAUCAAUAUUACUAAAUGAAUAAAGUGUAACUCUUAGAAUUGGGAAUCUCUUACCAUCAAAAUGUCCUACUACCAUAUACAUUGACAGGCGCGGUGGCUGAGUGGUAAAGCGCUUGGCUUCCGAACAGGAGGGUUCCGAAUCCUGGUGAAAACUGGACUUUUUUUUCGGUUUUUUUUUAGGGCGCCUCUAAGUCCAACCAGAUUUAAUGGGUACCUGACAUUAGCUGAGGAAAAGUAAAGGCGGUUGGUCAUUGUGCUGGCCACAUAACGCCCUCGUUAACCGUAGGACACUGAAACAGAUGAACUUUACAUCUUCUGUCAUAUAGACAACAUGGUUUGAAAGGGGAACUUAACUUAAAACAAGGUUGUUAGACAUAUUAGGCGUAAUGAGCAAAACUUGUUAUGAAAAUUGUUCAAUCCAUCUAGGUCUAGGAUUAAGGCUAUAUAUCUAUCUUUAAACAACUUUAAAAAUAAUUUGCAAAUUUAUAUUUAAGCUUUACUUCUCCCUAUUCGAGUCCUUAAAAUGGAUUUCGAUCUACCUACUAGGCCUACUCUACGUACAUUAAAGAAACACGUUGACAAUUUGAACUUUGUUAUAGAGUCUGUGUGCGUAUAGCUGUCUGGAAAGUAGGGCGAAUGUUUUGGUUGUAUAGACUAAAAUGUUUCUGAUGAAACCCCGAGGUGGUCUGUCGUAAUUCAAGUAAAUACAGCAUAUGUAAAAUUUUUAAGGGGAGAGCAGCCGGAGACGUGUGGAAGAAAAGACGUUUAAUUUUUUUUUUUUAGAUAUAUCCUGUUUAAAAUUGUCAUUUCACUUGUAUUUUUGCAGACACUUCCUUUCAAGGUAAAUAGAUGUAUAUUUAUAAUAAAAGUUAUAUUCAGUUA